UCCCCGUCAAAAGCUGAAGAAACGGAAUUGAAAGGAGGGAAGGCGGCCUUUAGCAGUUAACAGUUGCAUCAGCACCGUCUAUUGCGCCGUUCCGACAAACUACCAGGAGGUUCCGCAUCACCUCGACGGCCGAGAUUCACUCUUCUUCUUUCACUUCUCAACGUCCACUCCACUGCACUGAAUCGAUUCGCCACUUCGCUCCUCAAGCUCUCACCUCAGUCAACACCUCCCCUCUCCUCACUCUCGCUCUCUCUCUUCUGCUCGAACAAUCUGCGCUCGUGAGAACGAUGGUAGCGUGUGAUUUGUCUAUCUGCUUUUCUUGAUUCGUCGCCCAAGAUUUGUCUCUCGGAGCCGCACUCAGAUCAAGCUCGGUGAUGGAUUCAAGUCGUUAAAUGGUUGAUCUUUCCGGCCAAAAAUGCACGACGCCCAUGAGGUCCCGGCGGUCAAGACCCCAUCCUCCGACCCCGGCAAGUUCGAGAGGCCCCCACUUCUCAAGAAACCCAAAACCCUAGAUGAUGCAGAUUCCGAUUCCACCCCUCACUUCCCCGGCCCUCUCUUCCCCGCCGUCCGCCGUGUCGCCACCGCUCCCCCCUCCUCCCGCCCUCCCCUUUCCAAUCUCCGCGUUUCCGUCGGAGAUGAUCCGUCCCCUCCCGACUCCCCCUUCUCCGAUCGCGACUGGGUCUACCCCGCGUUUCUUGGGCACCACCCCGCCAAGAGCCGAGUCGCUCUCAAGGCUUCCAAGCUGCAGAAGCUUGACUCGCCUGUUUUGACUGCUCGUGGCCGCUCGGACGAUCCCAAUUGCAAGGGUAUCAGUGAGAAGCAGCUGGCAGGCGCUGCCCCUGCAAAAAAAGUGGAGAAGGAUGUCAAGUUGGCAUCGAGUCAGCUCAGUAUGACCCGCUCGAACUCGGGCAGUGGUAUUGCUUCAAAGAGAAUUGGGCUGUUUAAGCAAUCUUUGGUACUUUAUUUGCUUGCUUUCACUUGCAUGGUAGUUGUACCCUACACAUUUUAUCUGCAGAUAAGAUUACAGAAACUUCAGGAGGAGAACAAUGGCCUGCAUACAUUAUGCAGUGAUAGACUUGAUGAUAGUGAAAGUUCAAAGAUUUUGCCGCACGAGGAUAGGGCAUUGGUGUCUGAUUGGUCGAACACUGAAAGCAGAACUGUAGCUCUAUAUACUGUUGUUGUAACCCUUCUCAUGCCAUUUUUUUUAUAUGAAUAUCUUGACUAUCUUCCCAAGUUAAAGAAUCUUUCAAAGAGGAUGAAGAAUAACCAGGAAGAGGUUCCCCUGAAAAAGAGAAUUGCCUACAUGGUGGACGUUUGCUUCUCUGUUUAUCCAUACGCAAAGCUCCUUGCACUUCUUUUUGCGACUGUAUUUCUUAUAGCAUUUGGUGGGUUGGCAUUGUAUGCGGUCAGUGAUGGUAGUUUUGCAGAGGCCCUUUGGCUUGCAUGGACAUUUGUCGCUGAUUCUGGUAAUCAUGCUGAUAGAGUUGGCAUGGGGCCAAGGAUAGUUUCUGUCUCCAUCAGUUCAGGUGGCAUGCUGAUAUUCGCAAUGAUGCUUGGGCUUGUUUCUGAUGCUAUCUCUGAAAAGGUGGAUUCCCUGCGCAAAGGGAAGAGUGAAGUGAUAGAAAGAAAUCACAUACUAGUUUUGGGGUGGAGUGACAAAUUGGGCUCAUUGUUGAAGCAGCUAGCAAUAGCUAAUAAGAGUAUCGGUGGUGGAGUCAUCGUUGUACUUGCAGAGAGGGACAAGGAGGAAAUGGAGCUGGACAUUGCUAAGCUGGAGUUUGACUUGAUGGGCACAUCCGUAAUAUGUAGAAGUGGAAGUCCUCUUAUUUUGGCUGAUCUGAAGAAGGUUUCAGUUUCAAAGGCACGUGCUAUUAUUGUAUUGGCAUCUGAUGAAAAUGCAGAUCAGAGUGAUGCACGUGCUCUAAGGGUCGUGCUAAGUCUUACGGGAGUCAAAGAAGGUUUGAGGGGUCAUGUUGUUGUAGAGAUGAGUGAUCUUGACAAUGAACCCCUGGUCAAGCUUGUUGGAGGUGACCUUAUUGAGACAGUUGUUGCACAUGAUGUUAUAGGACGCUUGAUGAUACAAUGUGCUCUUCAACCCGGUCUUGCACAGAUAUGGGAAGACAUUUUGGGUUUUGAGAAUGCGGAGUUCUACAUUAAGCGGUGGCCCCAAUUGGAUGGUUUGAGGUUUGAAGAUGUCCUUAUUUCAUUUCCUGAUGCAAUUCCUUGUGGAGUUAAGGUUGCUGCAGAUGGUGGGAAGAUAAUUCUAAAUCCGGAUGAUAGUUUCAUAUUGAAGGAAGGGGAUGAAGUUCUUGUUAUUGCUGAGGAUGACGACACCUACUCUCCUGGUCCCCUUCCAGAGGUACGCAGGGGACUUUUCCCAAAAAUAGCUGACCCUCCGAAAUAUCCCGAGAGAAUACUAUUUUGUGGGUGGCGUCGUGACAUUGAUGAUAUGAUUAAUGUUCUGGAGGCCUUCCUGUCUCCAGGAUCAGAAUUAUGGAUAUUCAGUGCGGUCCCAGAAAAAGAUAGAGAGAAAAAGCUGAUAGAUGGUGGACUCGAUAUUUCUAAAUUGCAAAAUGUAAGACUUGUUCACCAUGAGGGGAAUGCUGUCAUCAAGCGCCACCUUGAGGGCCUCCCUCUCGAGACUUUUGACUCUAUUUUAAUUCUUGCAGAUGAAUCACUGGAAGACUCUAUUGUGCAUUCGGACUCGAGAUCUCUGGCCACCCUCCUCCUUAUUCGAGAUAUACAGUCAAAGCGUCUCCCAAACAAGGAUACAAGUUCAACAUCUCUAAGGCUUUCGGGAUUUUCUCACAGUUCUUGGAUAAGUGAAAUGCAACAAGCUUCAGACAAGUCUAUAAUAAUCAGUGAAAUUCUGGAUUCUAGGACCAGAAACUUGGUGUCAGUUUCUAGAAUUAGUGACUAUGUGCUAUCAAAUGAGCUGGUUAGCAUGGCACUAGCAAUGGUGGCUGAAGACAAACAAAUCAAUCGGGUGCUUGAGGAGCUUUUUGCAGGGGAGGGGAAUGAAAUGUGUAUCAAACCAGCAGAGUUCUAUUUAUUUGACCAGGAGGAGCUGUCCUUUUAUGAUAUAAUGAUCAGGGGCCGACAGAGGCAAGAGAUCAUCAUAGGCUAUCGCCUUCCAAAUGCGGACCGUGCUAUAAUUAAUCCUUCCGAGAAGUCACAACCGAGGAAAUGGUCUCUUGAUGAUGUAUUUGUUGUUAUCUCCUCCAGUGAAUGAAAAGGGACAGAUUCUCGAGCCAU